ACCUGUGUGCAACCCACCGCGCAUCACGCCAUAGCAACUAGAUCAUAGUCCGCUCUUACCUCUUCACACCGUAUGACAAUAGAUCCAACCGUAUCACAAGGGCUUCCACCGAAACCAUGAGCCUCACCGCGUCCUCUGCCAACGUCGAGCCUCCACCGCUUCUCUUCGGCCAACGCUCGCCAUCCCCUCCAAGCUUCUCCUCUCCUCCACAAUCUCCGACCCACACAUUACAGACACAUACGCCCAUGGCUUCCCCUCCACCGCCACAGCCAAUCCAAGACAUAGACAUGACCACCUCCGCCACAUUACCCCCUCUCCCGGCACAGAACCACGACCGGCAAAACGAUGCUCCUAUGCAGGAUUACCAAAAUCCACCAGGCAGCAAUACAGCCACAGAUUCGACAACUAGCAACAGCAACCAAAGUCCACCAACUGAUGCUGUAGCGGUCGAGGUGGCGGCUGUGGACGACGACGCAAUGGAUACUUCUCCGGACAAUGCACAGAUCAUGAUGAUGGUCGAAAAUGGGGCCACUGAACCUGCAGUACCGCCUCGUGGGGGUGAUCACCCCUCCGCGGAUGGCCAAGUUGAGAGCAAUCGGGCAGACGCCGAUCAAUCGGCUCCUGCACCACCGAGUGACAUUGUACAAGACGGCACUGCUCCAACAGAGCCACCACCGCCGAAUCAGGAAGUAUCAGAACCUCCGCCUCCACCUCCUCCUGCUCAAUCGGACACUGAAUCGUCUGACGAUGACGACUCAGACUGGGUGCCGUUGCCAGAGGAUACUACAACUCCCGACGAGGAGGAAUUGAAAGAGAUUGAGGCCAGUUCCGAACAUAGUGCAUUAGACCAUGCCUAUUGGGAGAAGCGUGCCUACUCGUCCCUCGAUGAACCGGAAUUCUCGCCCGGCGCGAGUGGUCGGAUCGAGUGGAGCAUCAAUUACAAUGGCACAAAGGAUAAACCAAACAGAGACUUGGUGAUGAAGUCCGAACCCGUCAACGUCGGUGGUCUGGACUGGCAAAUCAAAUUCUACCCCAAGGGCAAUGAUUCCGACUACUUGAGCGUUUAUGUCGAAUGUCUGAGUGUGAAGGACAAGGACGCCCGCGAGGACGAUUCUACGAUAUCUGAUACAUCCAGUUCAGGCAGCGACAGUCCCAACCCUAGCGAAGAUUCGGCGGCUAACAGCAAGCCGAGCUCGGGGAAGGAAGCCAAUGUCGCGAACGAGGCCGCCGAACCAUCUGAACCUGUGGAAAGACAGCAUGCUCCCCUUCCUCCGCUCAAUUGCGAGCCACCACCCAAGCGACGAAGUGUAGCUGCGCAAGUAUCGGUCGUCCUUUAUAACCCCGAUGAGCCCAGGGUAAACUACUCGAGAACAUGCCUCCAUCGUUUCUGCACCGGGUCCCCUGACUGGGGAUGGACGAGAUUCCACGGGCCUUACUAUGACAUUCCACAUCGGAUGCGUGGGCAGCGCCAACCGCUACUUCGCAACGACAAGCUGGCCUUCACAGGCUAUAUCAGAAUUGUGGAGGAUGAGACUGACUGUCUGUGGGAGCACCACAGCCGAGAGAAUCCGUGGGACAGCUUCGCCAUGACUGGGUUGCAGGGACUAACGUUGAACGAAAGUUCAAGCUCGCUUGGCGGUGGAAACAUCAUUUCGGCCAUUGCACCCUGGAUGUUGUUCAAGCCAUUCCGACGAUUUCUAUACGAUUUUCGGGUCCCUGGCCCUGAUCGAGAGCCGUUCGCACGACCAAAGCCGAUUAUUGCUGCCCUUCAAAAGGUUCUCUAUCUGCUCCGAACUCAAAUUAGGCCUGGGGCAGGUGCAGUUACCUUAGAAGAUCUGCUUGAUGGAUUCGAAUGGUAUGGAAUCCAGGACAACUUGAACAAGCUAGAUGUGAUGGAAGUUUGGGAGGUUCUCAGGUUGAAGGUUGAGGAGGAGCUAUCUGAUACUCCGUAUGCGAACCUCUUCGAUGACCUUUUUGGCAUGAAAAAGGACCACACACUUGCCACCCCGAGCUACCGAGUUCCCGUGGUGGGAGUAGAAAACAUGCAAGAGGCCGUGAACCGAACGCCCGACCUCGUAUCUUCAUCAACGGCGCUGCCGCAAUUGUUAACCUUUGAACUAGCACGCCAGGAAUUCGACACUGCUUCGAGGUCGUACGUAAAGCUAAUGAACAAGGUCACUCUAGACGAUCAAAUCAAUGUCCGGGGUACCACUUACACGCUCUACGGCUUCGUUGUCCAUAAACAAACAUUACAAUCGUACGUCUACAAUCCAGUGAUACGCCCAGAAGGACCUGGCUCGAAAUGGUAUACCUAUACAGAUGGACGGGAGGAGAAUAUGGUGAAAUGUCUCACAAAGGCCGAAGCCAUCGGGGCACAUGAAGGCAAGGCCGGGUCAGGAAAAGUCAUCGGCAACGAUCCCGUGGCGUACAUUGUCAUGUAUGUACGGGAUGACGUUGCAAAAUCAACUUUCGAACCGAAGGCAGAAAAUGAGCAAUGGCAAUUUCCGCAAUGGAUGCGGGACGAGAUCGAAAGAGAACAACCCGUCAAUCGAAGACCGUUGACGCCACCUGCAAUCGAGGAAACGGAGCAAGAUGUUGAUAAGCGAGAUACACCUACAGAAGAACGCAAGCCCGAGCUUCCAAAGGUGCACGCCUUUGAAGUUAUCAACAGCAAAAGGUUUCUCGAGCAUGAAGGGCCUGGGUUCUUUGAUGCUUAUGAUCUUUCUUACCGACCAGCAGAAUCAACACAGAGCCUUUCCGUCCAAUUGCUCAGCAGCGAUACCGGUAAGGACGUACGCACUAAGCUUGCCACUGUUCUGGACGACAUCAAAGACAUCCGACAGAUCAAGUUUUGGUUCAUCGACGCCCAUCACGGUACAUUUGCGCGACCACAACUUAGAGGAACGAAGUAUGUGGAGUUCUCGAGCGGGAUUAAUGACAACUUUGCUACCCCAUCGAGCAACUGGAAGCUAGAGGAUUCCUCAUUCGCCUCCUCUACGCAUCGGAUUUGGGUACACGUGCUUGAUGUUGCUGAUCUUCCCGACCUGCCACCCGAGCCUCCGCGAGUCACAGAAGUAGCACCAGUAGAAGUAGCACCAGUCCAACCCUCCGAACCCAACGUUGAGGCUAGGGACGAGACUCUUCCCACUCCUCCUGUACAGGAGAGUACAGGCGAGGACACGCCAAUGAGCGAACCUGAUGAGGAUGAAACGAUUACGCAAAAUGAAGAACCGCCUGCUGGCACACAAUCCGCAGAAUUGCCUGAAGAUACAAACAUGGCUGAGGGGUCAACCGAAACUGUUGUUGAGCCACCAAAUCCUGAGGCAGCCCAGCCCGCAACAGACGCUCAAGAUUCGACCCAACCUCCUGCUGAUACGGAGAUGGGAGGGACUCAGGACAAUGUACCCCCUCCUCCACCACCGCCCCCUCUAGAGUUGCUUGCCAGCGUGGUGCCACCUCCACAGGAUCCUUCGGUUUGGAGUGUGCCGCCUCCGCCGCCUCCGCCAGCUCCGGAAUCCAUCCCUGACGAGAUCUACUUCUUUUUAAAGUUUUUUGACGCCAAGGCUCAGACCCUACAGUCACGCGGCUCGUACGUCCGACCAGCAGCUGCCAGGCUUGACCGUACCAUCUCCACCAUCUUGAAUCUCCCAGCGGAGCAAAGUUUCGAAGUAUAUGAGGAAGAAACUCUUACCACGGUUCAUGCGCUCAAGAACCGUCAUACUUUCUUCCGGAACGACGUGGCGAAUACAUCUGUGCUGAUCGUCACAUUCCCGCUGGACGAGAAAACACGCGAGGCUCUUGCUGAGCGUGCCGCAUUCGCUGACCUCAAGUCAUUCCUUUCCUUCCGCGCCCGAGCACGAAACUUCCCCGCGAAGCUUAACGGCCACUUCAUCGAGGACUACUUCUCUUCACAGUACUACAAGGGGGAGAUCAGGAACGGACACCAUCACGGCCAUGGAUCGCGCAUCUACCAUAGCGGCGCCACUUACGAAGGCAAAUUCCGGCUCUCAGAACGUCACGGACAUGGGCUGUACACUUUCCAGAAUGGUGAUACAUAUGACGGCGACUGGGUAGCAAACCAGCAGCACGGAACCGGAACAUUUGUCGAGUUGUCCUCGGGCAACACGUACGUCGGAGGUUGGAAGAACGACAAGAAAUUUGGUGAGGGCGUCACUCACUGGAAGAAUGCGCAAGAGGAGGAACGUCUGUGCCGGAUCUGCUGGGAGGAGAGCGCAGACGCCGCGUUUUACGAUUGCGGGCAUGUCGUGGCUUGCCUGGCGUGCGCACGACGAGUAGAGAACUGUCCAGUCUGCAGGAAGCGGGUAGCCAGCGCCAUGAAGCUCUAUUAUGUCUCUUAGUGAGAGACGAUUCACCGAACGAUUGAGACGAUCGACAAAGACCUGCAUUACUGGAGUUUAGAAGAACGGAGCAUGAGAGACUGGAAGACAUCUGAUUGGGUUUUCGUCCAUUUUAUUCUAUUUUCUCGUUUUUCUCUCUCUCCUCACGGAACUUACGAUUAUCAUGUUACACACUUCCUCUCUUGGAUAUGGGUGGGGGAGAUGGGGUGGGCGUCUCGGUUC